AGUACGCAUGACCAGGUUUGAACAGCUUUCGACGACCAUGAAAUUCCAGCAUUUUUAUAUUUUAUAUGAAUAUUUAUAUUAUGCUCGUUUGACUUUUGAUCUCGACCGUAAGACUUUAAUUUUCCCCCUCUAAAAUGGCACGAAUAAGCCCCCACCCCUCCCUUCAUCUGUCCACAAUUCUUUUAGAAAGGAAGACUGUGGGAGGUAGAUGUGCAUGAAGUAAUGAAUUUGAGGUUCGACCACUUUUGUGAGUUUUACGGCCCAGUAGAUAUAAUUUUACUCUAUGAUUGAGCUAUGCCAUUUUAUACUCGAAUUUCAUAUCUGCCUGGUAUGGUGGCUGAUUAGUGCCAUUUUCGCUUUUUCACCACAGACAGGCCAUAACUAUAUCUUAGUGAGGUAGGUGAAUUAAACGUCCUUGCCAUGUUUUGUCAGGAGUUACUGCCCUUGCUGUUAUAAUACAUAAUUCGUGCCAAGGCCAUGUGGUUUGAACGAAGUUCAAUAUAUAUACAUGUAAAUAUUACAAAUAGUUGUCAUGGAAACCAUGCUUGAAAUUAGUAUAUUUUUUUAAUAUAUUUGUGUUUUCGGAAACACCGCUCUUUAAGACAUACACUCGCUGACAAUUUUGUUCAUCGUUAUCGAUGCCUCAGUCUGAUGACGAAAUCGACGAAAAUAACCAUGCCAAAGGCGAUGCCGCCCGUGUUAGCAAUGUCAGCGGUGAUGCUGCCAGCGAUGUCAGCGGCGAUGCUGCCAGCGAUAUCAACGGCGAUGCUGCCAGCGAUGUCAACGGCGGUGCUGCCAGCGACAUCAAGAGCGAUGCUGGUAGCGAUUCCAAAAGCGAUACCAUAGAUACCGUUAGUGGUCCUGCUAUUGUCCCAAUCCGACGUAAACACGGUAUUCUUUUGGAAAAGGCACUGACCGCCUGGGAACGCAAAUAUAAUGUGAAGGCUUAUGAAGAAGAAAACGUGCGGAUUAUGGGCUGGUUUCCCCCGGUGUGUUUAAUGGAUUCAUCCCUCGCCAGGCUCAAAAGAUGUAGGCGGUUAUCGCUUUCCACGAACAUCAUCAGAAACAUCAGUAACCUUAAUUACAUGGAACACCUGAAGAUUUUGUCACUGGGCCGAAACCAAAUUCAAUCUCUCUCAGGCAUAACUGCAGUUAAAGGCACACUGGAAGAGCUGUGGGUGUCGCACAAUCGUAUUGACAAACUAGAAGGCCUGGAAGAGCUCGACAAGUUAAAAGUGAUCUACAUGGGAUACAACAAUGUCAGUUUGUGGAGCGAGGUUGAACGAAUGGUGAGUAAUACAUCUUAA